CUACAUUUCCCAGAGGGCAACGGGCACACGCAUCUAUGGCGUCCCUUCUGUUUUGCGAAAGCUAGUGCCUUAACCAGCUUUGUUCUUCUUCCAUAAAGGAAUCUCAAGAAAGACUUACCAGUUUCUGCAGAUAGAAAACCAUGACAUUGCUUGAAAAACAUGCCAGGUGCAUGUGCAUGCAUGUCUAAAAUCCUGACGGGAUGGAGAAAUGGAAGCAAAAGGAUUGUAGCAUGACUAGGCUCCACUGGGACAUCUCACUUGCCUGGAGUCCCUGGAGUUUGAAUUUUUCCAGUAGUGGAACCCUAUGGAGGACUGAUCAAGUCUUACUCUUCUAAAAUAAUGACUUGUUUUCAGGAGUUAGUGACUUUCAGGGAUGUGGCCAUAGACUUCUCUCAGCAAGAGUGGGAAUACCUGGACCCUAUGCAGAGGGACUUGUACAGGGAUGUGAUGUUGGAGAACUAUGGGAACUUGGUCUCCCUGGCAGGAGAUUCCAUUUCUAAGCCAGAUGUGGUUGAUCUAUUAGAGCAAGGAAAGGAGCCCUGGACGAUUUUAAGUGAAGGAACACAAAGACCGCACGCAGAUUUGGAUUUACAGUGCGAGAUAAUCAGCUAUAUAGAAAUGCCCCCUUAUGACAAAGAAAUAUCUUCUAUACAGCAUCAGAGCAUAUAUAACAGAGAGCAGCUCAAGGAAUGUAAGAAAUGCCAGAAGAAAUUUAGUAGUGGCUAUCAGCCUAGUCUGCAUCAUAGGUGCCACAGUAUCGAAAGAACCUAUGCAUGCAAAGAGUGUGGAAAGAACUUCCGCAGCGGCUACCAACUCACUCUGCAUCAAAGAUUUCACAGUGGGGAGAAGCCAUAUCAAUGUGCAGAAUGUGGGAGGAACUUUAAAAGUGGUUAUCAACUCACCGUACAUCAGAGAUUUCAUACUGGUGAGAAAACUUACGAAUGUAAGGAAUGUGGGAAGGCCUUUAUUUAUGCCUCACACAUUGUUCAACAUGAGAGAGUUCACACUGGCGGGAAGCCUUAUGAAUGUCAGCAGUGUGGGAAGACUUUUAGUCAAAGUGGACACCUUAGAAUCCAUCAGAGAAUUCAUACUGGUGAAAAACCCUAUAAAUGUAAGGACUGUGGGAAGACUUUUAGUAGACGCUCAAAUCUUGUUGAACAUGGGCAAAUUCAUACCAGUGAGAAACCACAUGUAUGUGAGAAAUGUGGGAAGGCCUUUAGAAGAAGUCAUCAACUUUCUGUACAUCAGAGUGUUCAUACUGGUAAAAAACCAUACGAAUGUCAAGAAUGUGGGAAGGGCUAUACCACUGCCUCUUACCUUAUUCUACAUCAGAGAAUUCAUCAGGGUGGGAAACCAUAUGCUUGUAAGGAAUGUAAAAAAACCUUUACUUUGUACAGAAAUCUCACUCGACAUCAGAAUAUUCAUACUGCUGAGAAACUGUUUGAAUGUAAGCAGUGUGGGAAGGCCUACACCACGGCCUCAAAACUUUUUCAGCAUCAAAAAACUCAUACUGGUGAGAAACCCUAUGAAUGUAAGGAAUGUGGAAAGGCCUUUAGUGUGUAUGGAUACCUUAAUCAACAUCAGAAAAUUCAUAUUGGUCUGAAACGCUUUGAAUGUAAGGAAUGUAAAAAAACCUUUACUUUGUAUAGAAAUCUUACUCGACAUCAGAGUAUUCACACUGGUAAGAAAGUUUUUGAAUGUGAAAAAUGUGGGAAGGCCUAUAGUACUGGCUCCAACCUUGUUCAACACCGGAAAACUCAUACUGGUGAGAAACCCUAUGAAUGUAAGGAAUGUGGAAAGACCUUUAGUUUACUUGGAUAUCUUAAUCAACAUCAGAAAAUUCAUACUGGUCUGAAACCCUAUGAAUGUAAAGUAUGUAGAAAAACCUUUACUUUCUAUAGAAAUCUUACUCUACAUCAGAGUAUUCAUACUGAUGAGAAGCCUUUUGAAUGUAAGGAAUGUGGAAAGGCCUUUAGACGUAGUUCACAUCUUACUGCACAUCAGAGUAUUCAUGCUGAUAAAAAACCCUAUGAAUGUAAAGAAUGUGGAAAAGCCUUUAAAAUGUAUGGAUACCUUACACAGCAUCAGAAAAUUCAUACUGGUGACAAACCGUAUGAAUGUAACGAAUGUGGGAAGUCCUUUAGUCGUGCUUCAAACCUUGUUCAACAUGAGAGAAUUCAUACUGGUGAGAAGCCCUAUAGGAUAUCCUGUGAAUGUCAGAUAUGUGGAAAGACUUUUCAAAAACGUGCCCACCUUACGCAAUAUAAUUGAAUUCAUACUGGUGAGAAACCAUAUGAAUGCAAAGAAUGUGGGAAAGCCUUUAUCUAUUGUUCAACAUUGAUUCAACAUAAGGGAACACAUACUAAUGAGAAACCCUAUGCAUGUCUGCAAUGUAGAAAGACUUUUAGGCAGAGUGCACAUCUUACACAACAUCAAAGAACUCAUAGUGGUGAGAAACUCCAUCAAUGUAAGCAGUGUUGGAAGGCUUUUGCUUCUCUUUCUGACUUUAAUAGACAUCGAAAAAUUCACACUGGUGAGAAACCUUAUGAAUGUAAAGAAUGUGGUGAGGCAUUUAAUAAUCGCUCAACUCUUAUUCAGCACCAGAGAAUUCACACCGGUGAGAAGCCUUUUGAGUGUAAGGAGUGUGGCAAAAAAUUUAAUAAUUGCUCAACACUUUCUCAGCACUAGAGAACUCAUACUAAUGAGAAACCUUAUGAAUGUCAGGAAUGUAAAAACGCUUUUAGGCGAAGUGCACAUCUUACUCGACAUCAAAGAAUUCAUACUGGCGAGAAACCAUAUGAGUGUAAGGAAUGUGCAAAGGCCUUCUCUUGUAUUUCUGACUUUAAUAGACAUCAGAGAAUUCACACUGGUGAGAAACCUUAUCAAUAUAAAGAAUGUGGGAAGGCAUUUAAUAAUUGCUCAACUCUAAUUCAACACCAGAGAAUUCACACCGGUGAGAAACCCUAUGAAUGUAAGCAGUGUGGGAAGGCAUUUAUCUCUUGCUCAACAUUUUUUCAACAUCAGAGAAUACAUACAAAUGAGAAACCCUAUCAAUGCCAGGAAUGCAAGAAGGCUUUUAGGCAGAGUGCACCUCUAACUAGACAUCAGAGAAUUCACAGUGGUGAGAAACCCUACGAUUGUAAUGAAUGUGGAAAGGCCUUUACUUGUUCUUCUGACUUUAAUAGACAUCAGAGAAUUCACAAAGGUGAGAAACCCUAUGAAUGUAAAGAAUGUGGAAAGGUCUUUAAUAGUUGCUCUACUCUUAACCAGCAUCAGAUAAUUCAUACUGGUGUGAAACCCUAUGAAUGUAAGGAAUGUGGGAAGACCUUUAUGUGGCUUUCAAACUUGAAUAAACAUCAGAGAAUUCACACUGGUGAAAAACCAUAUGAAUGUAAAGAUUGUAAGAAGGCCUUUAGGCAGAGAGCACAUCUUAGUCAACAUCAAGGAAUUCACACUGGUGAAAACCAUGAGUGUAAAGAAUGUGGGAAGGCCUUUGCUUGUGUUUCCUACUUUAAUAGAUACCAGAGAGUUCACACUGGUGAGAAACCAUAUGAGUGUAAAGAAUGUAGGAAGUCUUUUAUCGAUUGUUCAACUCUUAUUCAACAUCAGAGAAUUCACACUGGUGGGAAGCCCUUUGAAUGUCAACAAUGUAAAAAGGCUUUUAUGCAGAGGGCACAUCUUACUCAACAUCAACGAAUUCAUACUGGUGAGAGACCUUAUGAAUGUAAAGAAUGUGGGAAGGCCUUUAUUUGUCUAUCACAACAAUACCACCUUACUCAACAUCAGACAAUUCACAGUGAUGAGAAACUCCUUGAAUGUAAGGAAUGUGGGAAAGAUUUUAGUUUUGUAUCAGUCCUUAUUCGACAUCAACGAAUUCAUACUGGUGAGAAACCUUAUGAGUGUAAAGAAUGUGGCAAGGCCUUUGGUAGUGGUGCAAACCUUGCUUACCAUCAAAGAAUCCAUACUGGUGAGAAACCUUACGAAUGUAAAGAAUGUGGCAAGGCCUUUGGUAGUGGCUCAAACCUUACUCACCAUCAGAGAAUCCACACUGGCGAGAAACCAUACGAGUGUAAAGAAUGCGGGAAAGCAUUUAGUUUUGGAUCAGGCCUUAUUCGACAUCAGAUCAUUCACAGUGGUGAAAAGCCAUAUUUUAGGGAAUGUGGAAAAUCCUUUAGUUUUGAAUCAGCCCUUACUCGGCAUCACAGAAUUCACACAGGUGAGAAACCUUAUGAAUGUAAAGAUUGUGGGAAAGCCUUUGGCAGUGGUUCAAACCUUACUCAACAUCGGAGGAUUCAUACUGGUGAGAAACCUUAUGAAUGUAAAGCAUGUGGAAUGGCAUUUAGUAGUGGAUCAGCCCUUACUAGGCAUCAGAGAAUUCAUACUGGUGAGAAACCAUACAUAUGUAAUCAAUGUGGGAAGGCCUUUAGUUUCGGAUCAGCUCUUACUCGACAUCAAAGAAUUCAUACGGGUGAGAAACCUUAUGUAUGUAAAGAAUGUGGAAAGGCUUUUAAUAGUGGUUCAGAUCUCACUCAGCAUCAGAGAAUUCACACUGGUGAGAAGCCCUACGAGUGUAAGGAAUGUGAGAAAGCCUUUAGAAGUGGUUCAAAACUUAUUCAGCAUCAAAGAAUGCACACUGGGGAGAAACCCUAUGAAUGUAAGGACUGUGGGAAAGCCUUUAGUAGUGCUUCGGACCUUACUCAGCACCAGAGAAUUCAUACUGGUGAGAAACCCUAUGAAUGUAAAGAAUGUGGGAAGGCCUUUGGUAGUGGUUCAAAACUUAUUCAGCACCAGCUAAUUCAUACUGGUGAAAAACCCUAUGAAUGUAAAGAAUGUGGAAAGUCCUUUAAUAGUAGCUUCCUUAUUCGACAUCAACGAAUUCAUACUGGUGAGAAACCUUAUGAGUGUAAAGAAUGUGGCAAGGCCUUUGGUAGUGGUGCAAACCUUGCUUACCAUCAAAGAAUCCAUACUGGUGAGAAACCUUACGAAUGUAAAGAAUGUGGCAAGGCCUUUGGUAGUGGUGCAAACCUUGCUUACCAUCAAAGAAUCCAUACUGGUGAGAAACCUUACGAAUGUAAAGAAUGUGGCAAGGCCUUUGGUAGUGGCUCAAACCUUACUCACCAUCAGAGAAUCCACACUGGCGAGAAACCAUACGAGUGUAAAGAAUGCAGGGAAUGUGGAAAAUCCUUUAGUUUUGAAUCAGCCCUUACUCGGCAUCACAGAAUUCACACAGGUGAGAAACCUUAUGAAUGUAAAGAUUGUGGGAAAGCCUUUGGCAGUGGUUCAAACCUUACUCAACAUCGGAGGAUUCAUACUGGUGAGAAACCUUAUGAAUGUAAAGCAUGUGGAAUGGCAUUUAGUAGUGGAUCAGCCCUUACUAGGCAUCAGAGAAUUCAUACUGGUGAGAAACCAUACAUAUGUAAUCAAUGUGGGAAGGCCUUUAGUUUCGGAUCAGCUCUUACUCGACAUCAAAGAAUUCAUACGGGUGAGAAACCUUAUGUAUGUAAAGAAUGUGGAAAGGCUUUUAAUAGUGGUUCAGAUCUCACUCAGCAUCAGAGAAUUCACACUGGUGAGAAGCCCUACGAGUGUAAGGAAUGUGAGAAAGCCUUUAGAAGUGGUUCAAAACUUAUUCAGCAUCAAAGAAUGCACACUGGGGAGAAACCCUAUGAAUGUAAGGACUGUGGGAAAGCCUUUAGUAGUGCUUCGGACCUUACUCAGCACCAGAGAAUUCAUACUGGUGAGAAACCCUAUGAAUGUAAAGAAUGUGGGAAGGCCUUUGGUAGUGGUUCAAAACUUAUUCAGCACCAGCUAAUUCAUACUGGUGAAAAACCCUAUGAAUGUAAAGAAUGUGGAAAGUCCUUUAAUAUUCAAAGAUGGAGUUCACAACUUACUUACCACCAGAAGGUCCAUGUUGCUGAGAAACCCUAUGAAUGCAAGGAGUGUGGAAAAGCCUUUAUUUGUGCCUCACAACUUAUUUAUCACCAAAGAGUUCACACUGGGGAGAAACCUUAUAAGUGUAAAGAGUGUGGAAAGGCCUUUAUUCGUGGCUCUCAUCUUACUCAACAUCAACGAAUUCAUACUGGGGAAAGACCCUAUGAAUGUCGUGAAUGUGGGAAGGCCUUUUGUCGUGGCUCACAGCUUACUUACCAUCAGAGAGUUCAUACUGCAGAUAAACCCUAUCAGUGUGAAGAAUGUGGGAAAGCUUUUAUUCGUGGCUCUCAACUUACUGAACAUCAAAGAAUUCACACAGGUGAGAAACCCUAUGAAUGUAAGAAAUGCGGGAAAGCCUUUAGAUAUGGCUCACAACUUACUCUCCAUAAUAGACUUCAUACCGGUGAAAAACCUUAUAAGUGUAAAGAUUGUGAAAUGUCCUUUAUUCGUGGUUCACAACUUACUGAACAUCAGAGGAUCCAUACGGGUAGGAAACCACAUGAAUGUAAGCAAUGUGGAAAGGCCUUUAACUAUAGCUCACAGCUCAUUCGACAUCAGAGGAUUCAUACUGGUGAGAAACUCUAUGAUUGUCAGGAAUGUGGGAGAUCAUUUAUUCGUGGCUCACAACUUACUGAACAUCAGAAAAUUCAUACUGGUGAAAAACCCUUUGAAUGUAAGGAGUGUGGAAAAGCCUUUAUACGUGGAUCACAUCUUACUCAGCAUCAAAGGAUUCAUACUGGUGAAAAACCCUAUGAAUGUAAAGAGUGUGGGAAGACCUUUAUUUAUGGCUCACAGCUAACUCAACAUCGGAGAACUCAUAUAAAUGAGAAUCCAUAUGAAUGUAAACAGUGUGGGAAAAUCUUUAUUCGUGCCUCACAACUUACCCUGCAUCAGAUUUUUCACACUGGUAGGAAACCAUUUGAAUGUAAGGAAUGUGGUAAGAGUUUUAUUCGUUGUUCACAGCUAACUUACCAUCAGAGAGUUCACACUGGUGAGAAGCCCUAUGAAUGUAAUGAAUGUGGAAAAGCUUUUAUUCGUGGCUCACACCUGACACAGCAUCAGAGAAUUCACACUGGUGAGAAACCAUACAAAUGUAAUGAAUGUGGGAAGGCCUUUAAUCGUGGCUCACAGCUUACUCAACACCAGAGAAUUCAUUCUGGUGAGAAACCUUAUAAAUGUAAUAAAUGUGGUAAAAACUUUAGACGUCAUUCACACCUUACUCAACAUCAGAAACUUCAUAAUGGAGAAAAACUGUAUGAAAAUGAUAAUUUAGGCAAUACUCUUUCUGCCUGCCAAUGACACUCAGCUAUGGAAUAUCUAGAAAUUAUGAUGAAUGUGGGAAUCCUUGUUUACUUUGGCUAACUGGUUAUUUACAUUCAGAUAAUUGACAGUGAAGAAAGGCUAGAUUAAUAAGUUAAUAUAAAUGCAGUGACAUCACAUUUCAAACCAUGUUAAAAAUGAAUGAAUUUAUACUGCUACCCAACCCUAUGUUAUAUAGAAUGUGGGAGCUACAACAUUACCUUACCUAGCUAAGGUACAUUCUUCUGUACAGCAUUAUCUGAGCCCUACCAAUUACUACCUGUGUGUACCUUUAUGAAAGUUAUUUAACCCCUGUUUGUUUCAGUUUCCUCGUUUACAAAACUAUAUAUAGCUCAUCAUAGUGUUUUGCAAAGUGAAAGUAAAUACAUGUAAAUCUUUAGGACAAUAUGUAAUAUUUUAUGCUUAACAAAUAAUUAUUGUCAACAUUAUUUAUAUUUUGGUAAACGAUUGUGGAAUUCAAAUGAGAGGAAAGUUUUACAAGUAUAGUACUUAACUCUUUCAUCAUUGUUUAUCUUAUACUAAGCGUCAGAUAAAUCAUUUUGGAACAAAAUGUUCUAAUAGAAUGAAUGUGAGCUCAUAUCUGUUCCUAGAAAGAAACCCUAAGGAAAAAAAUCUUUCACUAUUAAAAAUA